AUGGACAAGCUGCUGCUUUGGGUCUCUGUCCUCAUCACUCUCCCGGAAGCCUUUGCUCAAACAGACCUCAGUGGGAAAGUGUUUGUGUUUCCUAGAGAAUCCUCUAGUGACCACGUGAGCUUGAUCACAAAACUGGAGAAACCUCUGCUGAACUUUACCGUUUGUUUUCGAGCCUAUAGUGACCUCUUCCGACCCUACAGCCUCUUCUCGUACAACAUCCAGGGCAAGGAUAAUGAGCUACUAAUUUUUAAAAGUAAAGUUGGAGAGUACAGUCUGUACAUUGGAGGCACCAAAGUUACUGCUAAAGUUCUUGAGCUGUUCCCUGCCCCAGCACACGUUUGUGCCAGCUGGGAGUCCUCCUCGGGCAUUGCCGAGCUCUGGGUCAAUGGGAAGCCUUUGGUGAGGAAGGGUCUGAAGCAGGGAUACUCUGUGGGGGCUCACCCCAAGAUUAUCCUGGGACAGGAGCAGGACACCUAUGGGGGUGGGUUUGAUAAGAACCAGUCUUUUGUGGGAGAAAUCGGGGAUUUGUACAUGUGGGAUUCCGUGCUGUCUCCAGAAGAGAUCCAGCUUACAUACAAGGGCAAUCCCCUCAAUCCUAAUAUCCUGAGCUGGAAGGAUCUGAACUAUGAGGUGAAAGGAUAUGUCAUCAUCAAGCCCCUGGUGUGGAGCAGAGGUCCUGAACCAACAAAAUCACUUGCAAAUUAAAUGACCAAUAUGGAAGAGACCUGUUCAAGGCAACUGGA